GGUAAUCUCAUGAGUCUCAACGAAGAACCUCAAGCCUUGAAGCAAAGUCGCUUAAAUGCCAGCGACUUCGGUGUGGCCAUUAAUCGAUCUAGAGCUUAGACAUUUGUUUAUUUCUGGAUACUUAGUCCGCAACUUCAGGCUGCUCGUAAACGUUGGAGCAUACUUAUAUAUUUCUGGCUCAGCAGCUGCACUGCCACAAUUUCAACCAAAGCUGGCGGACCUUUGGAUGUCGACUACCGUGCCCACCCUUCCGCAUUCAUUGGCCCCGCAUAUUCUUAUACAUGCAUCCCCGGACGUUGAAAACCUCUUGUUAAGCCCAAAGGGUCUUCCACCUCUUCCCGAGCUAUUGUCGGCAUUCGCUCACCUCUCUCAAGUUACCACAAGGACCAGCACCCUCUCUCAAGUGACUCAUCCAAGAUUUCAGGUCAAGUUCUCAUCGUUGGUGGACGUUGAAGAAGAAUGCCGCGAGGACGAGGAGCGGCGAACGAGUCGGAUAAUCGACUGGAUAGGUGGAAGAAUCGCCCAAAGGGCUUCCACAUGGCUCGGCGACGCCGAAUCAAGGGACCGUGAGCGUUGGUGGGACGAUGUUAAAGCUUGUGCAGACAGUGACAGAACUCCAUGCCGCACCGAGGGCUGGAAUCACCCUGUUGCGUUGAUUUUGGCUACCUCUACUCUCGCACCCAAUCCACUGCAGGCCAUUACUGCCUUACAUGCUCGAACCUUGGAUCUUCCGUCAUGGGUAGACACGACCCUAUUUCGGUACACGCUAAUUAUCCAUCCCACGCCUUCGAAUCUCAAUCCGGACGAGGCGGUAGCUCUGUUGAACGCUGUGAAGAAACAGUUUGAUCUCAAUACUCAUCUUUUGCAACUUCCGUCGUCAUUAGAGAAAGUGAACGUACGAAUACCUUUCGCGAGCAGCCGCCUAUCCCCACCAUUGGACGUUUCACGAUCGCCUGAAAUUCGGCGGCCAAAGCUUGAACGUCGAACAGUAGUGAUGGAAAUCACGAUGUCAGAGACGGACGCGCAGAAUACCCAGAGAUUUGUUCGUGAGUUUGUGACAGUUUCUCUUAUCCCUUGGAUGGAGAGAUACGUGAUAGAAUGGAAUAACGCGUUUUCCUCAACCAGACGCCUCCCAUCGCGUCUACUAUCCUCGACGACACGUCGGAUCUUCGGGUCUUCUUCUCCCGCCCCUACUUCAUCUGUUGCCAAUGGCAUUUUUUCUCUCGAGUCUCAGACAUGGAUGCAUCGCCGUUUGGCUGAAUUUUCAACUAUAUUAGGGGAUUAUAAACUUGCCUCGUUGGUUUGGGAAACUCUUCGCAAAGAUUUUACCACAGGUUCGGACGUGCUGCCGCUCAUCCUUGCUCCAGCCUCCUCUCUCUCUGUUUACGCAACCGCUGCCCUGCAACUACUUGGAUUGAAUAAUGAGGAAGUUUCUGCAGCGCCACAAUAUAGAGCACUGCUGUAUGCCGUCAGAUGGGAGAUUGGCAUUCCCCAAUUUGCAAGUAUCGAUGGUGAGAGAUGGCUUGCCAUGGCCGCUGGCAAUGCCGAAGAGCCAUUUUCCGCUCUUCUUCUGGCGCGAGCUGCCUCCUUAAGUAGUCGUCGAGGUGCGAAGAGACGUGCCGCUUUAUGGUACACCUUGGCUGCCAAGAAACUAGAACGAAGUGGUGUCAAACCAUUGACCAUAUACUUCUUCCAGCAGGCGAGCGAUGCACAUGCAUUCAGGAAAGAAGUGCUUCUAUCUCCAUCGUUCUUUGAGAUUGAAGCUCAAGAACAGGACCCGAAGAUUGAUCCUACGCAAGCUUGUAUUCAGCAUGCCUUAGGAAGGUUAAAGUACUCCAGUGGCGAUACGACUGCAGCCAUCAAACUCUUCCUGAAGCUUCUGAGCCCACAGUGCAAUCCUUUUGAUAAAUUCGACAACGAUAGGAUGUAUGUAGAAGAUUUUCGGCUUGCAUUUGAGCAUUAUCUUUCAACCAACCCUGAAACCCCUUCCUUCACAGAAUCCAAAUUGCCCCUGAAUGUCUGUUUACCCUCAAGGACCCGUGUACGAUUUUCCUCAAGAGAUGUCUCUGAAUCAUCAGUGUGGACCGAGAUGCAAGAAAGGUGGACAGCUUACCAGAAAACUCGAGGCGAUAGGUCAGCCUUGGACCUUAGGGAGUUCGCCGAAGUGGGAGAACCUUUCUGGAUCGACUUAGCACUUUGCAACCCUCUGGAUACCGAAAUGAAUCUCACUGGCUUAACGCUCGAAGUUGAAUGCAAGGAUGCCUCGAAGGACGCACUGACUUCGGUUGUGCAAAUUGAGAUCAUUGAAUCGGUUUUUCUCAACUCGAAGGAGAGGACAACGGUCCCUAUCAAAGCGACCCCCCUCAUCCCAACGUCCUUGAAAUUCAUUAAUGCGCACUACUCAUUCCUUUCUCUCCUUCGUACUUGUGAAAGCCUGGCCGUGCGUGGAAAGCGUCUAAAUGAUACCCCCGCCCAGCGUCAAGGAAACGUACGCGCGCCUGAUGCGUUCGUAGUUGCCAAUGUCCGACAUCCCGUUGCCAAGCUAGAACCACGAUUCGAUGAUACCUCUAUUAAUCACGAAGAUGAAACGACCUUUUACUGCGGCGAAAUACGUAAUGAAUACUUUGAGGUUGAAAAUACCGGGAAAUUGACCGUGAACGAUAUAUGGGUGGUACUGCCAUGGGACGGCUCAAUUAGGAUAAAAGAUGAUGGGGAUCUUGAACACCUGGAGAAAAUCGCUGGUCCAAACACAUUAGCCCCUCCCCAGCCGUAUCGAUUAUCUUCCGGUCCUUUAACACCCGGUGCUUCAAUAAAGCUGCCGAUCCAAGUAUAUUUCGGGACUCCAGGCGCAAUCACCAAUUCCAUUCUCGUAGUGUACCGAGAGGAUGAAAAUUCCCUCGCUUCGUUUGUGGCCAAAGCAACACGAACUGCCUGGGUUGAAACACUCCUUACUCUCAGGACACACCUGGUACCAAGUUUAUCACUGGAAUCGGAGUACACGAUGAUGCUCGAGAUUGAGAAUUUAGGAGGGCCAUUGGGAGUGCAAGUUAGGCAAGUUGGUGGUUUUAGUCCCUCAUGGUGCCUCACCCCUGCAGAGACACCAUUGGUUCCGUUACUGGCCUACCGCCAACUUUGGCGUCUCGUUCUACCUAUCCAUCUAGUGCCUGACUUUGAAGUGAAUGAGGUUGUGGCACCUACAAGAAGACUCAUUGACUCAUUGGCCAGCAUACUUGCUGCCCAGGAACCCUCGCCGCCAGAAUGCGUGAAACGCCCUGUAGUUACAUGUAGCACCCUUCUACAUGGGAGCAAAUUGUCUACCCAACAUCGCGACUUCGUGUGGUCUUCCCAUCGUAUACGAACACGCAACAUGAUCUCUACAACAUUCCCCACGAUACCUAUGCAACAAGCCGAAGCAAUUUUCCCCUUCUACAGUGGUACCGAUAUGGAUAUAUGCGUUCUAUGGGGACUACCUGGGACAGCUCGCUCCGGCCAAAUCGACCUCACCAAUCUCAUCGUUGGAGUGCAACAUGGUGCUCUGAAUAGGUUAUUAUCAGACAUCACCAGCAGCACCAAGGUAUCUACCCGAGAAAUGUAUGCGGAAACGGCUCGAGAGAGGGAGUCCCUGGUCGAAGCAAUCUCUGCCUCCCCCUGGAAUGUAAACGACGAUCCUUUACGGCUGGACCUCCAAUUUGAACCCGUUCAAAAACAUGACUUCGAAUUGGGCAAACCUUACAUCGUACCAGUUACAUUUCGAAUUCGGAAUUUUUCAUUUCAAUUCUCCGCUCGCUUCUCACUCAAUACUCGAAAUCCUUCCCACAUUGGGCAUCCUCAAUGCCAGUAUCUUGGGUUAUUGACUCACCACGGUGUCGUAGUGCCUUCAUCUCAUACGCUUGUGACAGGACGGGCAAUCAUCUUCCGCCCUGGUCUUUAUUCAUUGCCCCCUUGCGAACUCAAGAUAAACGUCGGAUACGAACAAGACGGUGUCUGGCACUCGGUAGCCUCCUUCGUCCAGUCAGGCGUUGGCCAGGAACGACUGGAAGUUUCUUCCAUGAAUUAUCCAAUCAUCUCUAAUUAGACUGCAUUGUUCGCAUAUCAUUGCCACCCUGCUUCAUCUCAAAGCGUUGAAUGCUUCCGUGAACAGAACAUAUACGACCAUUAUUAAUCAUUUAGAUGUACAACAGAACUCAGCAUUAAUCAAUAUACGACUACGAAUCGGGUUUCAGUGUAUUCCCUAUCCCCUCUGUUGCGACUUCUUUCUUCGCCUCUUUCUCCUUCUCCAGCUCGCGAGACCUUGCGACGUAUUUAUUUGGAUGUGUAACGCUUUCUCCGUC